AGCGACCACACAGCCUCCUCCUCUUCCAUCAUGGCUCCCUCGUUAGACAGGCAAGGGUACUGGGGGCGGCCGACCUCGACGCUGGACUGGUGUGAAGAAAAUUAUGUCGUCUCUUUUUACGUAGCGGAAUUUUGGAACACAGUCAGCAAUCUGAUUAUGAUCCUGCCUCCUAUUUGUGGGGCCAUUCAGACGUUUCGUGAUGGCCUCGAGUUACGCUACAUCUGCUCUUUCCUCGGACUAGCAGCUGUUGGUAUUGGCUCGUGGUGCUUCCACAUGACGCUGCUAUAUGAGAUGCAGCUACUGGAUGAGCUGCCAAUGAUUUACAGUACCUGUGUGUUUGUCUACUGUCUAUAUGAGUGUUUCAAACAUAAGAACAGUAUCAAUUUAUUUCCGAUUGUUUUAUUAUGCAUCUUUAGCAUCUCAGUCACCUUGGUGUAUCUGCAGUGGAAGGAGCCAGUGUUCCACCAGGUCAUGUAUGGUGCUCUAGUAGCCUGCCUGGUGAUGCGAUCUGUCUUCAUUGUUACGUGGGUGUAUCCAUGGCUCAGAGCACUGUGUUACACCUCGUUAGGUGUCUUUAUGUUAGGGUUCGUACUGUGGAACAUUGACAAUGCCUUCUGUGACUCAUUAAGAGCCAGCAGACAAUCACUGCCCUCUGGCAUUGGAGUAGUAACACAGUUCCAUGCUUGGUGGCACAUCUUCACAGGCCUAGGUUCAUACCUGCACAUACUUCUCAGCCUGCAGAUCAGGUCGACCUACCUCAAGUACAGACCAAAAGUUAAGUUUGUGUGUGGAGUCUGGCCCACGUUGCAUGUUGAACCACAGAAGGCAAGCUGAAUAUAAAGGACAAGAACCAAGUAAAGGCUGGUGACUGCCAUCGGCACAGAGACCUUCCAGUGUCCACUGGUGGGAACCACGUCCACAGCCAGGGGACAGGCGGACCCUGAACAGCACAGACCCUUCAGUUCAGCACUGUGGUGAUUGACUAAGUACAGUAUAGCAUUGAACCUAGUUUUAGACAUGGAAGUUUUUGUGAAUCAAUCAUAAUUUAUUAGAAUAACUUUUCUGUAAUUUUAUUGAAUUGAGUUGUAAUAAUUUAAUUUACUUCUCCAUUGUCAUUGCAGUUAUGUGUAGUGUAAUGCAGGUGUUGAAAGGACUGGAUCUGAAAUCUAAAUAAGGGAAAGCGGUGUAAUGAAUUCAUAAUUUACAUUCAGCAUUUUCAUCACUCAUCAUUGUCAUUAGUUAAAUAUAAUUUUGUGGAUACUCAUGAAUUAAUAUGCAAAUAAAUCCCAGUUUCACAUACAGCUGGAGAAGCUCUGCUCAGAAGCUUCCUUCAUGUUGUUGUGGAUGUAUUCACAUGGCACUGCUCUUAUAACUCAGCCUGUCGUGACUAGUUACACAGGCUUGGUGUUUUUACUUGAAUUUUUUCUCCUAAAACAAGCCAAGACUGGAGUUUUUUAUUUUGUUGCUGUUGCUGUCACUGUUGCCAAAGUUGAAGGAAUCUGACACUUGUACACUUAUGUAGUGACCUUAAGUUAAGAAAGGUUUAAGCCCAAUCCCAAUUACACAGAACAAUCUGAUCCUCCUGAACACUUAACACUCCAGGCAAUGUUGUGAUCCAUGAUGGGUUAUAAACAGCUAAAUGCUUCUUUGCAAACCAAUUUGUUGGAACAUUUUAACACAGAUCUGACAGAAUAAUGGAAAUUUGCACAAAUGUCACUGUAAACACAUGAACAUAAUAAGCCUGUAAUCCUACCACACCUUAUCAGUGACCGUAUUGAGUGUUUGCAAGAAGUGAAAUGUUUUCAGCUCUUCAUCUUUUCUCUCUGCAAGGUACUACAAAGACACCAAUCUGCAUUAAGUAUUGUCUCCUAUAACAUUAGUACUGUUAACAAGUACUAACAAAAUUAACAAGUAUCACUCUAGAAACCUGCAUUGUGCCGUUAAGAGGAAAUAUUGAAAAUUCCUUCAACUGCAAUCUCUCAACAUACACAUUAUUAGUUAUUAUUAUAUUAGUUCAUUGUGUAUUAGUAGCAGCAGAUGAAAGCAUGAAAUGGCACCUACUGAAGUUGUAGACUGAUAUCUUUGUGAUGUAACCACUAGGUGGCAGUACUUGACAGCUUUUCUCAGUGCCAAGCAUUGAAGAUCUAUCCACAGUUAAACACUAGAUCUGUUGUGUUAAAUGAAGGGCUUUUUAUUUACCAUGUUUGUUUUACCUACUGUGAAAUUUUGAAUAUUUUAAACAUUACAACCUGCAGCUUGAGCUCAGAAACUGAACUUUGUCUAACAGUAUUGUUGUAGCUACAGCUUCAUAUUUGUGCAGCCUCCUGAACUGCAGUGUUGACACAGCACAUCAUCUAUCAUUAUACAUAACUCUACUACCAUAUCAACUGCUUAAACCCAGUGUUACAAAUAUUCAGAAGCACAAAACCAGUUCAAUGUUUGACACCGUGAAUACUGACACAGCUUGAUUUCUGUCUGUGUCUGUGUCAUCACUGCGUGUUAGUGGAGCAGUAAUCCUACGACAAAGAGGGUGCCUUACUGAUAUCUUUGCAGUUUAAUCCAAGUUGACUCAAUGUUUGUGAUAAACCAUUUAAACAGUGUCUUGUGUUUCGAAUUGUUCCAUUUCCCUGGUUAUCAGCAGUUAAGGCAAACCGCAACAGCUUCUAAUGAGUCUGCUGCGUCCUUUGGCCAUGGUUCAUGUCAUACCGCUCAUUCACAGGCCAUUCUGCUGUAGCUCAGAGUGAUACGUGCUGGGAAUUUUUUUUAACUUUGUGCCAGUCUUUGUCCUGUACUAAAAUAAAAUGUAUCUACAGAA